GUUUGGUGGUCAUGAAAUUAUUCAAGAAUUAGUCCCGUGUAGUGAUUGUUGUGAUACUAUUUCAAAAAGACAGAAAUAUGAACUGUCAGAGAUUAUGAGGGUUAGUUCAUCGGUCACUCCAUCGUCCACAUCUUAUGCUGUCAGUAAAAAAUGGUUGGAUGUAUGGCUUCAAUUUGUCAAAGGACAAAUAUGGGAAGCUCCAGGUCCAAUUGAUAAUUCCGACAUUAUGCCAUGCAAUAAAUCCCUUUAUUCGUAUCGUAACAGUGGAUCAUUUAAUUAUCCUACUCUUUCAUCAAUACCACUUGGUAAUUACGAAUGUGUUUCUGCUGAAGUAUGGAGUCUUCUGUUCAAUAUAUAUGGUGGAGGUCCGACAAUAUCUGUAUGUCAACCUACUUAUUCAUCAUCAAUCAAUAAUAGUAUAGAUGAAAAUCAGAUGGACGAUUUGUCAGAUCACAGUUCAUCGGAUCAAUUUUCACAAAAAUGUUCAUCAAAUUCUACACCUAAUGAACAGUCACCUCUUAAUUCAGACCGAAUUGAUGAACAAGACCGAAAUUAUUUGACUAAUGGUAACAAUCAUAUGAAUGGUGGUAUCUCUAACAAUUUGGAUUGGUCUGACAAUAAAUCCCAUUUGAAUCAUUGGAAUGAAAUGGAUAAAGAAAUAGAUUCGACAAAUCUCCCUAUAGAUUCAAUCUUAUCCAACGGCACUAAUGAUGAUACUAUUCAUCAUAUUGAAAUAUACACUGAACAAAAUGAUCAUCCAGUUAAAAAUAAAUUAACUCAAUCCACUGAAUGUUCACAAUUAAAUGGUGAUUGUUAUCCAUCAUCUAGCAAAACAUUGAACAUGUUCAAUGGUUGUUGUUCUAUUGUCACAGACUCUAAAUGUCAACUGAACAAUCAUCAUCCUAAUGUUCAACAGAAAUCUACCAAUAAUAGUCUAACUGUUAGUAAAGGCGCUAGAACCGGUUAUUUUGGUGAUUAUAAUCCAUUAGAUUUGGUGAAUCAUAAAAAUGUCUCCAAAGUAGAAUCUUAGUACCAACAGCAAUAAAUGCAUCAAAUGAAAUCAAAACAUGGUGAUCAGCUUUAUGUAGACACUGUCGAAUAGUUUUUACAUAAAACUUAAACUUUUUGUUUUCAGUCCAUUUGUUGCUUUUAUUACAUUUAAUUAAUAAAUAAAACUGUGAUUCUAUUCAUUGUUUUGAAAUUUUCUUCUUCAUUGAUUGGAAUGGUAAUCGUUAUUAUGUUAUAUUUUCAGAACCAAGUGAUCUUUUCUUGUGACUCAGGUGAUGGCUCUUUUCUUUUCAUCCUU